AUGGCCGCCGUUUGUGCCCUAAAUAACGGUCAAAUAACAGCUCAUCAAAUAAAUGCUCCUGAUGGAAUAGUUGUACCAGUAUUACCAGCUGGAGCUACUGGAAUGAAGAUUAGUUUUAUGCUGGGAUGCGCUGUAGAUCCCGUUACAGCAAAUAAUAUUUCAAACGGAGCUACAAAUAAUAACAAUCAAAUUGUUCUUCCUGAUAUUAAUAUUAGCCAAGAAUUGUAUUUAUGGAGAACUACUUACACCACAGAAAAUACUAUAGAAAUUGGUAAUUGCGAAAAAAGAAUGCAAUUUCUUCGUGGAUUAAAUCCUGAAAAUAAGUUAGAAGUCAAACGCUUGGGACUAAAUAAAGCAUUAAAUAAUGACUUGAUCGAAAAUUUGGAAGAAAUUGAAAAAGAAAAGAGUGAAAUGCUUUUGGGUGAGAAUAUCUAUAACCAACCAAUAGCUCAAAAGGCUUUGAUAAAUCAGGGUAUUAUUACUGCAGAUGUUGAAAAAAUUAUUAAUGCUUGA